GCACAUUGGGCAUUAAAGUCAACCUACAAGCUUUUUGUACAACAAUGUUUAUUUUUGUCAGAUGUCACAUUGUCGACUAAGAAGACAUAACAACACAACUUCGCUUUUACCCCCCGAUGACAGUGAAGACAGUUUGGUGGAUGACUCAGAUGAGGAUCCAGAUUACACCCCUGGCCGUGACAAAAAGAACAAGUUAGCCUUAUUUUUGAACAAUGCAGCGAGCUCCAGUGAUGUCACAGAUGAAGACGAAGAGAACAUCCCUUCAACGUCUACAGCCACAAAAAAGAAGAUUCCAAAAAAACCAGCACCUGCUUGGAAUGAAGUGAAUCCAGAUAACAGUGAGAAACCUUCUCCGCCAAUGCUAGAAUUAAGUAACGAACAUGUACUUCAGUCUCCAGUUGACUACUUCAAAGAUUUUUUUGACAAUGACCUUUUAACUUUGAUUGCUACUCAGUUCAAACUUGUAUAG